AGUAAAUGGAUUGUUAUCAUAUUCAUCACAUGCCAGUUUAGAGAAAGAAACCUCAUCAUACUUUUUGGCACUUCAGUGUUUGUUUAGAUUUUCUGAAGCCUGGAAAAUGCAUACCCAGUUACAGUUUAUUGUCAUAUUUAUGUAUUCAGUAAAUAUUCAACUGACUGCAACAUAUCGAACAUUUUCAAUGCUAGAUUUAGGAAGUUGUUCUCGUAAUUCUGUCUCAAUAACUAUGGAAUCUAUGACUCAGAAUUCAUCGGGAAUCUUAGUGUCAUCUUUAAACAAUACAUAUAAACCUGGACUGCAUUGCAUUAUAUCCUUACGACCACCUAUGUCCUAUGGCAUUGUUAUCAGCAUCAAGAAAAUUGAUUUGGGUCGACCUUCUAGAAACUAUGAGAACUGCCAAACAUACUUAGAGCUUACUUCAGUAGCUCGCAGUAAAACCAAAAGACUUUGUGGAUACAGCGAUGAUAAAUAUGAAUUCAAAGCCUUCAAUUACGGAGGAGAAUUAGAUGUAGUUUUCCAUACAUCUAACUCAACGUGGUAUAAAAACGCUUUUUUCCAGCUGACGUUUACUGCUGUCAGGAAAGGGAACGGUUGGUGUUUUAAAGAAGAAGCUCGUUGUUUAAAUAAAUAUUGUAUUUGGAAAGGACUACUUUGUGAUGGACACAACAACUGCGGUGAUCUAAGUGAUGAAGUUGAUAAAAAAACUUCUCAUUGCGAAUCAACGUCAGUUGCAGAAUCCCUUGCAGUUAUAGUUGUCACUAUCAUAUGUUCUCUUGUUCUACUUUUUACUUCUGCUUACCUCAGAGGAUCUAAAAUUACAACGCAUAUGCGGAGAAUGUCUCGUUGCAGGCGCUCCGGUUGCGAAGCAAGGAAUGGAUCAGUUCUAGAAAAUGAGGCUUCAAAUGGAAAUGCCAACACUCCACAAGAUUCUCCAACUGGAAUUAGAGAUUGUUUCGGAUCAACUAGAAGAUUAUUAGACAAUUUGGAGAGCAAUAGCUAUCCAUAUCCAUCCUAUGAUGAUCCACCUCCUCCUUAUGAAGCAGUUCGGACGCUAGAGAUUGUUCCUACGUCUUGCUCUGUUAUCAUAGCACGUACUCCAGACGCUGAUACCAGUGUUUCUUGAUAAUUAUUUAAAAAUAAUUCUUAAGUUAUAUUUACAUAUUUUAAAAGGUGAGCUUUCGUAUUAUGUUGCAAAAUAGGUAUCUUGUUGCUAUCAUCUAUCAUGACACUCAACAAGCAGCAUCUGAAAACACCAUUUCUGUGGCUGUUAAUAGCGAUAUUUCACAUUUUCCUCCAUCAUUUGUUCAAUUUCACCGUUGAUGUCUUCAUUAAGAGCCACGUAUUUGCAAUGUUUAAACUUUGUGUUGCUAUUCAAAGAAAUAUUAACCUUUAUAAUCGACUCUUUUCUCUAUAUAAUUCUAAAAUUGUUUUGAAUAUGUAAUUAUCUCUUAUAAAUACCUUAGAAUUAUGAA